AUGGACUCGGUGCAGUCGAUAGAUCCAUUGCAGCUUGAUGUUUCGGCCAUUCCAAACCUACCGGGUUUCACAGUGAAAACGAAGAAGAAGAACCACGGCAGAUGUCAUACGUUCAGCUUAGUGAAUGGCGUCCGGAUCGAGCAGUCCGAAGGCAUGACCUUCGACAAGCCGAAGUUCGUAAAGGUCCCUCUCAGCCUGGAGCCGAAAAGGCUGGGCUCUAUGGGGCAGACCACAACGGACGCAGAUUACAAGGAUCAUGUCCAAGCAUCUGAGACAGAAGCUCCCGCUUGGGAUGUGCUAGACAGGCACGUGCUGCGCUUCUAUGGCCAGUUUCAAGAGUCGGUGGUGGAGACCAACCUCGAAAACUACAGGGUGCGACAGUGCGUCAUCAUGUACUACUUGGAGGAUGACACGUGCCACAUCACGGAGCGGAAGGUGGAAAACAGCGGAAUCAUGCAAGGGCAGCUCCUUCGCCGCCACCGCUUCCCGGGUCCAGAGGGCUACCUCUCUUGGCAAGACCUUCGAGUUGGAGGUGAGCUCUACGUCUACGGCCGUGUGAUCCAGAUCUUGGAUUGCGACGAGUGGACUCGCAAGUACUACACGCAGAUGGGCAUGGAGCAGGAUGCGAGUCUGGAGCCCGCGGUAGACGCCUUCGCGGAGACACAGUUUGAGAUCGGCGGCGGAGGACGGCCAAAGGUGCAUCAGCCCCGAUCCUACGAGACAGUCUACCGCGAGCAGAGCAUCGGAGGCGGGCACAUCAACGUCAACAUGCAGCAGUUCAUGGAGUGGGACCGAAAGGUCUGUCGCUUCUAUGCUGUCUUUGACGAUGUGAAGAUGCCGCAGUUCGAGCGAAGGCCGUUCGAGAUCUUGUAUUUCCUCGCAGAUGACACGGUCGAGAUCCGGGAGAAAUACCCACUCAACUGCGGCCGAGAUCCCUUUCCCAUCUUCUUUCGGCGAGGAAAGUUGGGCCGUGGGCAGGCCAAGGUGAUGGGCCCGCUUGACAGGCUCCAGCGGAAAGAUGAGCUGAUCGGCCUGGAAGACUUUAGCAUUGGCGAGUCUCCGGAGCUUCUGGGGCAACGCUUCUUCAUAUAUGAUGCCGACGACUUCACUAGGCGAUACUAUGAGAAGCAGCUUGGCGUCAAGUUGACCGAGGCGGUGGAUGUCAGGCUCCCAGACAGGACGGUUCCCCGGCCAAAGACGCCGCCAUACACAGGCUACGGAACCUGGGACGAUUCCAUGGGUUCCGUGCACUCCCUUGCGCCGAAGCCUCCCAAGAAGGACUUGGUGAAGCUCUUCGAAAACGAGGGCCGCAUCCUGCGCUUCACUGCCCAAUUUUACAAGGCGAAACCCGAGGAUGCCGACCGACUUUUCAUCGUGAACUUCCACCUCUUCGACGACACCUUGUCCAUCCAUGAGCCACCGCAGCGAAAUAUGGGCAUCCUCACCGGCAAAUUCCUGGAAAAGAGCAUCCACCUCAACCAGGAAACGGGCGCCCUCUUCAAGGUGGAGGAUUUCGUGCCUGGCAGCGUGAUCAAGGUCUACAACCGAGAGUUUGAGAUCCUGGACAUGGACGACUACACCAGGAAGUUCUUGGAGGAGGGCGGGGUGAAGAGACACUUCGACCUCGAAGGUGUCCUGCAGAAGCUGCGGGAAGGCAUGCGCCAGCAGUACCCACUGGCCCGCGACAUCUUCCGCAAGUUCGACGCUGACCACGACGGCGUCCUGACAAAGACCGAGUUCAAGAACGCCCUGGUGAAGUGGGGCUUCCAGGUGACCGAGGAGGAGGCCCUCAUCAUCAUGAAGGCUUUCGACUCGCGAAAGGACGGCCAGAUCAGUUACAACGAGUUCUGCGAUACCCUCAUCGAUGAGGACUACACCUAUGUAAUGAUGAAACAGCGACCCAAGCUGAACCAGGAAGUUGGGAAUUACCCGGAGCUGGCCAGGACAAAGCUUGAGGAGCAAGGCGAAAGGGAGAAGAUUCGCGCUGCAGUGCGGAACAUGGGAGACGUGGUGUACAAGCACAAUGCAAACUUCAUGCGCCUCCUCAAGGAGUUCGCACACCUGACGCACGAGAACACGGUGACUUGCGAGCAGAUUGUCCAAGCCCUGGAUUCUAUCGGCAAGACCUUCAGCUUGGAGGACGUGCAGCGAUGCGUGUCCUAUGUGUUGCCGGAUUGCGAUUUCGAUAAAGUCGAGUACGUGCCCUUCUUGAAGGCGGUUGUGACCUCUUUCCACGACCUCAGCGCAAGUCGAUGA